UAUCAUAUAGUAAUGAUGGUUUUGUAAAAUGUCAGAACAUGUCUUUGCAUCAGCGUGUGUGAAUCAGUCAUGCCGCGCGCUCGUUAACAUUCUGCCCGGACAGCGCGCGAUGCGGCGCCUGCGCGGCCUUUACACCGUCCCUCGGUCUCUCAGUCCCUCCGUCCUCUGGAGCGAGUUGAAGAGAGGAAGCCCAGCUCUCUGUUCGUGCGCUCACUGAAAUGGAUGGAGUAGAGAGGAAAAGGACGGAGGCUCAGAGGAGCAUCAUGAAAGAUAGCGAGCUUAAACGAGACUCCAGCAUCCCUGAGCGCGUGACACUCAAGAAGGAGAUUGGACUUCUGAGCGCGUGCGCGAUCAUCAUUGGUAACAUUAUUGGCUCAGGAAUCUUCAUCUCUCCUAAGGGUGUUCUGGAGCAUUCCGGAUCCGUUGGGUUGGCGCUGGUGGUGUGGGUGUUAGGAGGAGGCGUAGCUGCUCUGGGUUCCCUUUGCUAUGCUGAGCUAGGGGUCACCAUCCCCAAAUCUGGGGGAGACUAUUCAUACGUCACAGAGAUUUUUGGCGGUCUCAUGGGGUUUCUGCUAUUAUGGAGUGCAGUAUUGAUCAUGUAUCCCACCACAUUGGCAGUCAUAGCGCUUACUUUCUCCAACUAUGUGCUUCAGCCAGUUUUUCCACAUUGCAUUCCUCCAUACAUAGCCACACGCAUGCUGUCCACCAUCUGCAUAUUGUUUUUGACAUGGGUGAACUGCUACAGCGUGCGUUUGGCCACACGGAUCCAGGACGCAUUUACAGUAGGAAAGCUUCUAGCUCUUGGGCUCAUCAUUACUGUCGGUUUGGUGCAGAUCUUUGGAGGUAACUAUGAGAGCCUGACCCCACAGGUGGCGUUCACGUUUAAUAAAGCCCCGUCAAUAGGGCAGAUUGCCCUGGCUUUCCUUCAUGCCUCCUUUGCCUUCAGCGGCUGGAACUUCCUCAACUACGUUACGGAGGAGGUGGUGGAUCCCAGGAGGAAUCUGCCACGAGCCAUAUACAUCUCCAUUCCACUGGUGACGUUUGUGUACACUCUCACAAACAUCGCAUAUUUUUCCUCCAUGUCUCCCGAUGAGCUGCUGUCCUCCAACGCAGUGGCUGUUACUUUCGGUGAGAAACUCCUCGGGAUGUUUUCCACCCUCAUGCCGAUCUCUGUGGCACUCUCCACUUUCGGCGGCAUCAAUGGUUAUCUCUUCACCUCCUCCAGGUUGUGUUUUUCAGGGGCACGGGAAGGACAUUUGCCCAGUCUUCUUGCUAUGAUCCACUUUAAGCACUGCACACCGAUUCCAGCUCUGCUUGUCUGUUGCACUGCCACAAUCGUAAUCUUGUGCAUUGGAGAAACUCACAACCUUAUAAACUAUGUGUCUUUCAUCAACUACCUCUCCUAUGGAGUCACUAUUGCUGGCCUGCUCUACUACAGAUGGAAGAAGCCAAACUUAUACAGGCCCAUCAAGGUGAGUCUCCUUGUGCCGGUGUGUUAUCUGCUCUUCUGGGCUCUGCUACUGGGCUUCAGUUUGCACUCAGAGCCGCUGGUGUGUGGAGUGGGACUGGUCAUUAUGCUCACUGGAGUACCGGUUUAUUUCCUGGGAGUUUACUGGAAAAACAAGCCAAAAUGCAUAUAUGACUUCAUUGAGUGGGCUACGUACCUGGGACAAAGAGUGUUUUUUGUUGUUUUCCCACAAUUUGAUCCAAUUGACAUGGCAGAAUGGACUGACAAAUCCUCCUUCACAAGCAAAGCUUCUGGACCUCUGUGAAUUUUCUAUUACUUUAAUUUGGCAGCUCUUCACCUAAAGUCCAGUUUCCAGGCUUGUAGUAGUAGCAAAAAAAAGAAAUGAAAGAAUAACCGCCUCAUUUAUUUCGAUGGGGACUGUAUUUGUGUGUGUCAUGAGUUUAAGUGGCACUGGGUAUUGCUCACUUUUUGGUUAGGCAUGUUAUUUCUACUGUUUGAAACCCCUAUAAUGUGCUACUGGGGUCAUUUGCAAAUGUCCUAUGUUGAUACAUGUACAGAAUCUCUCCUCUCUUUUGUAUGAUGUCCUUCACCUGUGAUGUCUCUCCAACCACAUAACAGUUUCUACAGGCUCUGUACGCCUCGCUGUAAAUACAUUUAAAUGGUUUCUAA